CUCGCUCGCAGCCGUGCCGAACCCCGCUCUGACCACACGGGCCGGCGGGCUAGAAGUGUGGGUCGUCGGGACCGGAGCUGCCGCUUUCCGGCUCUUUCGGCGGCGCAGCACAAGUCCCCGAGGUGCCCGAGCCGGCGGCCCGGGUUCUGCCCCUCCGUGCCCGGCUCUGACUCACCCUCGGCCCUCGGCCCCGCCUCCGCCCCUCCCGCCCAGCCAGCUUGGAUGCAGCGGGGACCGCGCUUAGGGCUCUGCACCUCCUCGGGCGGCCGCCGCACCCGAGACGCCCGACUGCGAGAGCCGCACCGAGAGGGCUCCUCGGCAUGCGCGGCCCCGGGCGCCCCGGCGCUCUCCUCCUGCUCUGCUUAGGCGCCGCAGCUCUGGCCGCUCGGCCCGGGCCCAGCUUUCUGGUGACAGCCCCAGGGACCAUCAGGCCUGGAGGAAAUGUGACUGUCGGGGUUGAACUGCUGGCACACAGCCCCUCACAGGUCACUGUGAAGGCCGAGCUGCUCAAGAGGGCGUCAAACCUAACUGUCUCAGUCCUGGAAGCAGAAGGAGUCUUUGAGAAAGGUUCUUUCAAGACACUUACUCUUCCAUCACUACCUCUGAACAGCGCAGAUGAGAGGUAUGAGCUGCGUGUCACUGGUCGUGUGGAGGAUGAGAUUUUGUUCUACAACAGCACCCGCUUGUCAUUCGAGAGUAAGAGGAUGUCAGUCUUCAUUCAGACAGACAAGGCUCUCUACAAGCCAGAGCAGGAAGUGAAGUUUCGGAUUGUUACGCUCCUCUCAGAUUUUAGGCCCUUUAAGGCCUCUUUAGACAUCCUCAUUAAGGAUCCCAAGUCCAAUUUGAUCCAACAGUGGUUGUCACAACAAGGUGACCUUGGAGUCAUUUCCAAAACUUUCCAGUUAUCUUCACAUCCAGUACUUGGUGACUGGUCCAUUCAAGUUCAAGUGAAUGGCCAGACAUACUAUCAAUCAUUUCAGGUCUCAGAAUAUGUAUUACCAAAAUUUGAAGUUGUUCUGCAGACACCAUUAUAUUGUUCUUUGAAUUCUAAGACUUUAAACGGUACCAUCACAGCAAAGUAUACAUAUGGGAAACCAGUCAAAGGAGAUAUAACACUCACAUUUUUACCUCUAUCAUUUUGGGGAGAAAAGAAAAAUAUUACAAAAACAUUUAAGAUAAAUGGAUCUGCAAACUUCUCUUUUAAUGAUGAAGAAAUGAAAAAGGUAAUGGAUUUUUCACAUGGGCUCUCUGAGUACAUGGAUCUGUCCACCCCGGGACCAGUAGAAAUUCUAGCCACAGUGACAGAAUCACAUACAGGAAUCUCAAGAAAUGCAAGCUCCAAUGUGUUUUUCAAGCAACACGAUUACAUCAUUGAAUUUUUUGAUUAUGUCACUGUUUUGAAGCCGUCUCUCAACUUCACAGCCACUGUGAAGGUGACCCGUUCUGAUGGCAGUCAACUGACUCAAGAAGAAAGAAGGAAUAAUGUAGUCAUAGCAGUGACACAGAGAAACAGGAUCUAUCUCUGGAGCAGGUGGAAUAGUGGAAAUCAGGAAAUGGAAGCUGCGCACAUCACAAAUUACACUGUCCCCCCAGAUGGAAUCUUUAAGAUUGAGUUUCCAAUCCUGGACAGUUCCAGCCAGCUACAAGUGAAGGCUCAUUUUCUUAACAGUGAAAGUAACAUGGAAGUUCAUGGCACAUUUAUAUCCCCUAGUAAGACAUACAUCCAGUUAAAGACAAGAUAUGAAAAUAUAAAGGUUGGAUCACCUUUUGAGUUGGUGGUUAGUGGCAACAAGCAAUUGAAGGAGUUUAGCUAUAUGGUAGUAUCCAGGGGACAAUUGGUGGCUGUAGGCAAACAAACUUCAACAACCUUCUCUUUAACACCAGAAAAUUCUUGGGCUCCAAAGGCCUGUAUAAUUGUGUAUUAUGUUGAAAAUGAUGGAGAAAUUAUAAAUGAUGUUUUAAAAAUUCCUGUUCAGCUUGCUUUUAACAAUGAGAUAAAGCUAUUUUGGAGUAAACCUAAUGCUGAACCAUCAGAGAAAGUCUCUCUUAGGAUCUCUGUAACACAGCCUGAGUCCAUUGUUGGGAUUGUAGCUGUUGACAAAAGUGUGAAUCUGAUGAAUACCUCUAAUGAUAUUACAAUGGAAAAUGUGGUCCGUGAGUUGGAACUUUAUAACACAGGAUAUUAUAUAGGCAUGUUCAUGAAUUCUUUUACUGUCUUUCAGGAAUGUGGCCUCUGGGUGUUGACGGAUGCAAUCCUUGUGAAGGAUUAUAUUGACGGUGUUUAUGACACUGCAGAUUAUGCUGAGAGGUUUAUAGAGGAAAGCCUAGAGGAAUAUGAAGAUAUGCAUGAUUUUUCUUCAGUCAGUAGUCCACGUGUCAGAAAGCAUUUUCCAGAGACUUGGAUUUGGCUAGACACCCACAUGGGAUCCAAGAUUUACCAAGAAGUUGAAGUUACUGUACCUGAUUCUAUCACUUCCUGGGUGGCUACUGCUUUUGUGAUCUCUGAAGACUUAGGUCUUGGCCUAACAACUGCUCCUGUGGAGCUACAAGCCUUCCAACCAUUUUUCAUUUUUUUGAAUCUUCCCUACUCUGUUAUCAGAGGUGAAGAAUUUGCUUUGGAAGUAACCAUAUUCAAUUAUUUGAAAGAUGAUACCAAGGUUAAGGUAAUUGUUGAGGAAAGUGACAGAUUUGAUAUUCUAAUGACUUCAAAGGAAAUCAACACUACAGGACACCAGCAGGAUGUCCUGGUUCCCAGUGAGGAUGGCGCAACUGUUCUUUUCCCUGUCAGGCCCACACAUCUGGGAGAAAUUCCGAUUACAGUCAGAGCCCUCUCGCCCAUUGCUUCUGAUGCUGUCACCCGGAGAAUUUUAGUAAAGGCUGAAGGAAUAGAAAAAUCAUAUUCACAAGCCAUCUUAUUAGACUCGAGUGACAAACAAACUACCCUGGAAACUCUGAGUUUCUCAUUUCCCCCUGGUACGGUCAGUGGCAGUGAAAGAGUUCAGAUCACUGCAGUUGGAGAUGUCCUUGGUCCUUCCAUCAAUGGCUUAGCCUCACUGAUUCGGAUGCCUUAUGGCUGUGGGGAACAGAACAUGAUAAAUUUUGCUCCAAAUAUCUACAUUUUGGAUUAUCUGACUAAGAAGAAACAGCUGAUUGAUCAUCUAAAAGAAAAAGCCCUUUCAUUUAUGAGGCAAGGUUAUCAGAGAGAACUUCUCUAUCAGAGGGAUGAUGGCUCCUUCAGUGCUUUCGGGAAUAAUGAUCCUUCUGGGAGCACUUGGUUGUCAGCUUUUGUUUUAAGAUGUUUCCUUGAAGCUGAUCCUUACAUAGAUAUCGAUCAGAAUGUGUUACACAGAACGUUUAAUUGGCUCAAAGGACAUCAGAAAUCCAGUGGUGAAUUUUGGGAGCCAGGAACAGUGAUCCAUAGUGAACUUCAGGGUGGCAAUAAGAGUCCAGUGACACUCACAGCCUAUAUUGUGACUGCUCUCCUGGGAUACAGAAAGUAUCAGCCUAAUAUUGAUGUGCGAGACUCUAUCAACUUUUUGGAGUCUGAGUUCAGUCGAGGAAUUUCAGACAAUUACACUCUAGCCCUUGUAACUUACGCACUGUCAGCAGUGAGGAGUCCUGUGGCGAAGGAGGCUUUGAAUGUGCUGACCCAGCGCGCAGAGGAGGAAGGAGGUGAGCGGUUCUGGGCAUCCCCCACAUCCACCCUGUCCCAGGGCUGGCAGCCACGCUCCCUGGACAUUGAGGUGGCGGCCUAUGCACUGCUGUCCCACUUCCUGCAGCUGCAGGCUUCCCAGGGCAUCCCUAUUAUGAGGUGGCUCAGCAGGCAGAGAAACAGCCUAGGAGGGUUUGCAUCAACCCAGGACACUAUCGUGGCGUUAAAAGCCUUGUCUGAAUUUGUGGUCCUAAUGAAUACAGAAAGGGCAAAUAUCCAAGUGACAGUUAUGGGGCCAAGCUCACCACAUCCUGUGAAGUUUCUGAUCAACACACAUAACCGCUUUCUCCUUCAGACAGCAGAGCUAGCUGUAGGACAGCCAACUGCAGUUAAUAUAACCGCGAAUGGUUUUGGAUUUGCUAUCUGUCAGCUCAAUGUUAUUUAUAAUGUGAAAGAUUCAGGGUCUUUUAGAGGACAAAGAUCAACCCAAAAUCAAGAAGCCUUUGAUUUAGAUGUUAAUGUAAAAGAUGAUAAAAAUGAUAUCAAUCGUGUGAAUUUGAAUGUGUGUACAAGGUUUUUGGGCCCAGAUAGAAGCGGCAUGGCCCUCAUGGAAGUUAACCUUCUCAGUGGCUUUGCAGUGCCGUCAGAGGCAAUCCCUCUGAGUGAGAUGGUGAAGAAAGUGGAACAUGAUCAUGGGAAACUCAACCUCUAUUUAGAUUCUGUAAAUGGAACACAGUUUUGUGUUGAUAUUCCUGCUGUGCGAAACUUUAAAGUUUCAAAUACCCAAGAUGCUUCGGUAUCCAUAGUGGAUUACUAUGAACCAAGGAGGCAGGUGGUGAGAAGUUACAACUCCCAGGUGAAGCUGUCCUCUUGCGACCUUUGUGGAGACGUCCAGGGCCACUGCCUUUGUGAGGACAGAGCUGCAGGCUCCCUUCACCGUUCUUCAGUCCUGUUCAUUUUCUCUCUUGUGCUUCUGUGCUUGUUGCAACAUUGGCUGCGAUAAUUUUUUAAGGACUCUAUGUAAAACUAGCAUUUCCAGAAAUCACACGUGAUCACUUUGUUUUCAUAAUUAAAUAUCACCUUUGGCUAUUUUGAAAAACAAUGUUUUCAUUCCCUACAGCCCCGGGAUGGUCUACAACAGGUCCUACCUGGGAUGUAGAGUUAUGUCGAUUUCUUCACCUGGCCUUUGUGUGGAAGAUCAGAAUGACUGCAGUGGUGUAUUUUCUUUCCUCUAUUUGAAAUCAUUUAAGAUCUUUUUGGGAAGUGUUUGUUUUUCUCCAGCCUAAAAACUUUGUUUUAUUCUUUUUACUUUGUAGAAGACAUAACCCUAGGUUGUUAAGCAUUAGUAUGUGUUUGGUUUACUGUUAAAGAUGAAUUUCUCCGGGAGCCAGCAAGAGGAGCUUGUCCUGUUCCCUUCCCAACUCUGGUGUAACCCACUGCCCACCCCACACCCUGUGGUCUCAGUGUACCUUUCUGAAUUGGACAUUGCUUCUCUCUUUUAGAAUGUAGAUGGUGAAUUUUAAAACAUUAGACCGUCUUUUCCCACUUCCAGUCAGAUCGCCUACCCCCACCCUUACCCACUCUUUCUUUUUUUGCUGGAGAGAAUGAGGGACGAACUGUUUUCUUCUGUGUGACACGCUCAGAGGGUGGGAGGGUACUGGGUGUGCUCAGCCCCGACCCCAGCCAUAUUUCUGGUAUGUGAGUCAGAGAGCACUGCCACCUGUGCCUUUUGUGACUCAGACCAGAGGGCUUAGGCCAGGAGAUGCUGUGAACCAGGAGUAGAAGAACAUGCUGUACACAUUGGUGCAGACUGACCUCCACCUGUUCUGGGAAGGAAGGUGGAUUUGAUGGGGCCAACUUGAAAAUCUUGAGCUGAAGUACUGUAGUGCUGGCCCCAGGUUCUGUAGAACUUUAUCUAGGCUCAGGGCUCUGAGCACUAGACUGCCACAGUAUAGUGACAUGUGUUGCAAACUGAAUCCUUAAGAAGAUUCCUGAAUCCUGAGCAUCUGGAUUAUUGGUCACCAUGUACUCUGAAGGGUAAAAUUCAUGUACCUAUGGUAUGAGAAUUUUUAAAAAAUCCUGUUUUUUGCUCCUUCCCUUAUUUUCCUGCUUUCUUUCUUUCUGUUUUUCUUCUCUCCUGUCCAAAAAUUUUAGAUAUUAAAAAAAUUAAGGACUCUAAAAACUAAAUCCAGGGAGUGGUUUAAUUUUGCUCCUUCACUGCAUGGAUUUUGUCUCAAGUGGGCAUGGGAGAAUAAUUGCCAUGAGCCUCAAAGACUUUGCUAUAUAUUUUCAGCUACUUAUAAAUAAGUCUAUCAAAAGUAAAGAACACAGCUACAUUUUUAAAAAUUAAGUUUUAAAAAUAAUGCUCAGUGAAUUCUAAGAAAUUAUACUGGAAUAGAUGUUCAUAUAUUGCUUAUAGAUAUUUUGAUACCAAGGUCGGAACAGUCAACAUUCUGUAUUUUAAUACUUGCAUCCUCUAUUUAGAAAACAGAUCCUCAGGGAGUGGUCUAUGAAGAGAGUGGUUAAAUAUCAAAUAUAUAAUUUUCAUGUAUUUAUUUUCAAUUAGAGAAAAAAUUUUUUUGAUCUGUGUCUUAGUUACUUUCUCAUUGCUGGGACAGAAUAUACAAGUUAAAGGAGGAGAGGUUUAUUUUAGUUCACAGUUUGUAGAGGUUUCAGUUCAUAGUCAGCUGGUUCCAAGGGAGGGUGGCAUGGCAGAGGGACAUCUCAGAGGAGAAACAGUCCAUGGCAUGGUAGGCAGGAAACACAGGGAAAUCAAGGGAGGAGGAAGGAUAUACCCACAGUGACCCACCUUUUCCUACCAGGCUUUACCUCCCAAUGUCAUACCCAGCUACAAACCCAUCAGUUGACUAACUCAGUGAAGAGUACAUAUACCCAUGAUCCAAUUACCUCCCCAAAGCCCCACCUAUGAGCACAUGAGUCUUUGAGGGGCAUCUUAGAUACGAACCAUAAGAAGCUGUUUGACCUCUGAAACAGUUCAUUCUAAAAGCAGUACUUCUCAUGUUUUCCCUCCCUGUGCUGUGGUCUCAGGCCUUAUUCUCUGGGACUUCUGUAAAGAUGGAAUCACUUUCUGAUGAAAUCAUGAGUGUGUUGGCAAAGAUCCCCCCUGCCCUGCCCUACUCAGGGAACCUUGUACUGACUGUCACUACCUUAGGUUCUGUAGUAAAUAAUUUAUAAUGAAUUUAGUGCUAAUUGUUCAUUGUGAAACAGUAGGGUGGAAAGGCUGCUGGAAGACAGGUUGUCUGUGUUUUAGACAUACUUCCUCAUUUAAAAACGAAUUCAGAUACUUUUCUUGUCAAAUAUUCAGAUUUUUUAUGUUAAAAGUUCCCUUGUAACUCAUCUCUUUUCAUGAGACAGCUAUUCAGAGUGAGGAGGAGGCAGCAGAGGUGAGGAGAGUAUUAGCCAGCCCACCUCAUUGUGCAUGGGGCUGUGGCGGUCUCAGUCUCUCCCUGCCUCCCCUCUGUUUCUCAGAGAACUCAUUCCACUCCAAGAAGUGGUUGAAAGACGACAGGCAUGAGGAGAAACGGUUCAUAUAGGAGCAAUAAUUAAUAGUGCAGGUUAUUUUCUUCACAUGCUAUGAAAAAUAAUAUAAAAAUCAUUUGGGCCGGGCAUUUAUCCCAGUGGCACUGUGCCUGGCUUGCAAGCACAAGGUCCUGAGUUCAAUAACAAGUACCAAAAAAAAAUCAUUUUACCUUUGUUUGCGUAUACUGAAACUCAUCCAUUGAGAAUGUCAGUUUUGCUUACUGAAAUGAACUCAUAUAAGCUUUCUCAUUGUCCCAAGUCACCAACAUGUCUCAUUUCCAUUUCUGACUGGUCAAUGGUUCUACAGACCAAACAUCGGGAAUAACUAGGAGCCAGAAAGUUCUAGGACAGAAUGAUACAUUUAUGUUUAGAUUCAGCAUCUUACUGCCUUUAAUUAUAGUGCUAAAAAAAAAAUGAGAGCCCCUGAAAAUGUUCCCAGUCAGUGAAAUGCCUCCUUUUAUUCUGUUCUAUUUACUUUGCUUUUCAAAAUGUCCUAAAAGUACUAUCUUUGGUUUAGUAUUUUAGUUAUAAUAUGGCAACACUGCUCAUACAGGAUGCAGAUAUUACCUGGAAGUAUAGCUAUUACCUAGAAGUUUGUACUUAUGUAUAUGGCACUAUAUCCUACAUGUGGGAAUUUUCAGAACUGUAGGUAUAACUCUCUGCUCCUAUUUUUUUGAACCUGGGUAUAGUAAUUUUUUGAAAGUCAAAGUUAGCCUUCAUUUUUGCUUAGGUGAAAUAGUUCUUAAUAAUCUGUCAAUAUAAUCCAAAUUAUCUUUAUUUUGACAUUCAGUUAUUUCAUUUGACAUUUCUGGCUGUCCUCUGACAUUUAAAAAAAUUGGGACUGAUUUGUUUUUGUCAUUUUAAACAAAAGAGCCAUUUUAUUAACCCUCUGGCAUAUAAUCUGGAGUUCCCUUUUUCUAAUUGCUUUGGAACUAUCGACUAUUUACUUCUAUAAAAAUAUGUUGUAAAUACCUCAUAGACAAGAUUCUCCAGCCAAAGGGUAGUAAUUAUUUUGAGCCUGCCAAGUGGCUGUCAUGGGUCAAGGCACCAUAAUGUAUUCCUGGAGCAUCACUUCUUACACAUUGUAAAUGUGGUAAGACACAGUAAGUGGAUUCCCCCUGGAUGAGCAUCAGAACCUUUUAUAUUCUCAGUAGAGGCUUUUGUUAGACAACAAGAAAAGUACAUUCCUCAUUUUCCUUUGUUUUCAAAUUCUGGGAAGGCAUAGCAUUUUUUAAGAACUUAAAAUUUUCCUGUCAUCUAUUCAAAUGAUAUUUAUGUUAAUAGUAAAUAUCUUAAGUUAGAUUGGGAAUAGUUUGAGGAGCAGUUAUUUUUAUUACUUUGAAUAGAGGACCAUUAUUCUACUUAAAAAAAAAAAACCUAAG